AUGCUAUUCCAAUCCGAUGUGAAAUGGUAUUCAUGGUGCCGUGACCACCUGCUUACUGUCUCCAAUAUACAUACAGCGAUCACCUACCCAUUCGAUCUUCUCAAGACUCGCUCACAACUCAACCGCCGACUACCAGACGCACAGCGCGUGCCGUUGCCCCGAUUCCCCUCGAAAGAAUGGUACACAGGAUGUACGACGGCGAUCGUUGGCAACGCAGUCAAAGCCGGCGUGCGCUUUGUCUCAUUCGACCAGUACAAACACCUGCUGUCUGACGCGGACGGCCACAUCUCCGGCCCGAGGACGGUCGUGGCCGGGUUCGGCGCCGGGAUCACAGAAUCGCUGCUCGCAGUCACGCCGUCGGAGUCGAUAAAAACGCAACUCGUCGACGAUGCGAAGCGAGCGCAUCCGCGAAUGCGAGGCUUUAUCCACGGAAGCACCGUGAUCGCCAAGGAGAAGGGGUUCAGAGGCUUCAUGCAAGGGUUUGUGCCCACGACGGCGCGGCAGGCUGCGAACAGUGCGGUGCGGUUCAGCACGUAUACCAGCCUCAAACAGUUCGCCGAGGGCUAUGUGGCACCUGGAGAGAAACUGGGCUCAUUGACGACCUUUGGAAUCGGUGGCCUUGCUGGCAUCGUGACCGUCUAUGCGACCAUGCCGCUUGACACGGUCAAGACGCGAAUGCAGAGUUUGGAGGCCAAGAAGAACUACAAAAACAGUCUUCACUGUGCCGCGCAGAUCUAUAAAACUGAAGGGAUUUUGACGUUUUGGUCGGGCGCGCUGCCUCGACUUGGCCGGCUGACGCUGAGUGGUGGCAUUGUCUUUACGAUGUAUGAGAAAACGAUGGAGUUGUUAGACCUGGCAGACCCGGACCGGAAGUAUAUCUAG